AUGAUUCUGCUUUGCACCCAGUCUUCUACUAGACCUGAUUGCACAAAGUUCUAUAGGAUAAAUUCAGGAGAUUAUUGUUAUAAAAUCUGGACUGAAAAUGGGUUAUCCGAGAGACAAUUGCUGGAAAUGAACCCUGGUCUCGACUGUAACAGAAUUGCAAUUGGUCAGCAACUUUGUGUCAGUUUUGAUGCGAGGUUCAGUACUCCGAGACCACAGACUACAACGACUGCAACUAUGAUAAGCUCAACGGAACGUUCUAGAGAAAACUCCGAGCAUCAGCCACUUCCUCUGGUUGAAGUAUCAUCAAUGCAACCCGAAAACCUCGAACUCGUUGAAAAAGGACGAAGAACAGAAAAUGAAAACAAUGACGGGAAGUAUUCACCCCAGUUCUCCAACAAAACCAUUCGUGCCGGAUUCGUUCGCAAAGUCUUCGGUUUGGUAUUCGUUAUGCUAUGCAUCGCUGCCGCAGCCACAGUUGUCCCUAUAGUGCAUACUCCAACGAGGGAUAUCAUUCUCAAGCAUUGGCUAAUUCCCAUUGGAGUCUUUAUCAUAUCAUUGGCAACUUAUUUUUCAUUGCUCUGCUGUGAAGGAUUUCGUCGAAAGUUUCCAGUCAAUCUCAUAAUGGCUGGAAUGUUUACGCUUGUCACUUCUCUCAUUUUUAUGGUUAUCUCAGCACAUCUCCGACCCAAUUUCAACGUCUUAUUGCUAGAGCUGGUCAUUUGCAUCGGAUGCACACUGUUGAUCAUUGCUUUUGCUUCACAGACAAAAUUCGAAUUGACUACAAGCGUGGCUUACAUCUUUAUCUUCUUCACAUGCUUCGUAAUGUUCGGAAUUGUUUUCUUCGUUUGCCCAAUGUUCUUCACAGUCAAACUCCAAACUUUGAUCAUCGCGCUCGUGGCAGCUCUUUUCAUGAUGAUCUAUCUUUUUUAUGGCAUUCAUUUGGUAAUGGGAGGAAAAGGUUAUGAAGAAAUCUCUCCUGAAGAAUACAUAUUUGCGGCCGUAGAAAUUUUCCUCACCGUCGUCUUAAGGUUCGUGGAGAUGCUCUUUCUUUGCAUAUCACGUCGUUAG